AUGAAAAUUUUCCUGAUUGCUGCCGCUUGCAUUGCCGUGGCCGUUGCUGGCCCUGCGCGAUUCGCUGUACCCGGCAUCGUCGUACCUGAAGUUAUUGAAAACGAGUCUAUCUCCGUUGGACCCGCAAUCGUGGAAGGUGAUUACGAACCCAUCUCAGUUGGACCAGCCAUCGUUCCCUCGCCUGUGAACUCACCUUUAGUCCAGAUCAUCGUUAACAUUAAGACAGGCUCUGAUAAACCCGUGUUCGUCGAUCAUCCCGAAGUUGAUCCUAUUAUUGUGGCUCCUGUAAUCAUUCCUGAGGACACAAUCGACGAAACCGAUCCAGUCAUCGUCGCUCCUGUUAUUAUUCCCGAGGAAGUUAAUGUCGAGACUGAUCCAAUAAACGUCGCUCCUGUUGUUAUUCCCGAGGAAGUCAAUGUCGAGACUGAUCCAAUAAUCGUCGCUCCUGUUAUUAUUCCCGAGGAAGUCAAUGUCGAGACUGACCCAGUAAUCGUUGCUCCUGUCAUUAUUCCCGAGGAAUCCGCCGCUGAACCUGAACCCAUCAUAGUCGCUCCUGUGAUCAUCCCCGAGGAAUCAGAUGUCGAGUCCGAAUCUGUUAAUGUCGCUCCUGUGAUCAUCGAGCCGGAGCCUAUCAUCGUAGCUCCUAUUGUGCCUGUCCCUGUGGUUAUUCCCGAAAUCCUCAACUAA